AUGACGUCACCCACUUUUCCAGCUUACAUCCCAGCUUUCGCUCUAAACCGGUUGGUAUCACAAUCGAUCAAUAUAGUGCCUCGAGACAAACACAAGGAUAUAUUUCACUCUAAAUAGAGUCAAACAUAGUCCAAUUAAAGUCAAAUUACAAGCUGAGGCGAGUCUGAAGCUUCUGGAUGAAGCUUAAUCUCGUGAUAACCUAUAUCAUUCGGAAGCUGAUAUCGAGACGCAUCGAUCAAUAUAAUCUGUUUCACUGUAACUUCAAAAUGAACAGAGUUAUGAAGCUUGAAAGUCGAAAAAAGUGUUAUUUUUCGGACUCAUUUUUAACCUCGUUUUUGACCUUUUUCUCGAAACUGAUAUGAUAACAGUACCAUAUAGAAGCUUCUCUAUCGUUUACGCUAGAAAAAACUUGUAAAAGACCAACUUUUUUUUGAGCUUUUCCUUUUCCGCGAGGAAACCACACCGAUGAGAGCCUCAGACGAGCACUUGACCCCCCGCGCAACUUCAGACAACUUAUUUGAUCUGACGCGCAAAUUCAUUUUUCAUGAAAAAGUUUGAAGGCUCAUAUCUCGGCUCUCAGAGCAGCUACAGCUUAUAGAAUUAUAUCAAUCGAUUCUUCUCGAUGUCAGCUUUUUAUUGAUGUAGUUUAUCAGGAGAACAAACUUCAUCCAGAAGCUUCGGAUUCGUCUGUGUGAUUGAAGAAAUCGGUAGCGGAGAUCAAGGAAAUGAGAAAAAACACUUUUCCAAGUUCCUAACCUCCUAGAAAUCGAGUUAUGAUUUUUUGAAAACUUAGAAAAUUCAUAACUUUAUUCCUAGACGUCUGAGAACUUUCUGACCUGUAUUUUCGAACUUCUGACGUCAUUUCCUAUCGAUUUAUGUAAAAAUCUCGGAAACUUUGGUUUUCGGGAAAAUGGAAAAAAGUACAGUACAAAAAAACCCCUUCAGUUUUUUUUGAGCUUCUGCGGUCAUGGAAGCCGAUCCGGACGAAACCUAUAUCAAUCGAUAGAUCUCGUCGAAAAAAUAACCGGCGACCAGGUUUGACCUCCGUAGGUCAACUAGGAACGUAGUUAGAGGCGAUCAAACUAGAAGAUUGAAAAAUCUGAAAUUGCUUGAUUUUGGUAUCAAUCGAUAGAGGGGAUCAACGAGAUCGGGGAAAACUGGGUCUCUAAGUUCCUAACCUCCUAGAAAUCAAGUUAUGAUUUUUUGAAAACUUAGAAGAAUCAUAACUUUAUUAAUAUGAGUCGAAGAACUGUUUGACCUAGAUUUUCGGACCUCUGACGUCAUUUCCUAUCGAUUGAUGUAAAAACCUCGGAAACUUUGGUUUUCGGGAAAAUCGAAAAAAGUACAGUCUAACCCCUUAGCUUUUUUUUGAGCUUCUGAGGUCAUGGAAGCCGAUCCGGACGAAUUCUAUAUCAAUCGAUAGAUCUCGACGAAAAAAUAACCGGCGGCCAGGUUUGACCUCCGUAGGUCAACUAGGAACAUAGUUAGGGGCGAUCAAACUUGGAGAUCGAAAAAUCUGGAAUUGCUCGAAAUUGGUAUCAAUUGAUAGAGGAGAUCACAAGGAUCAGGAAAAACUGAGUUUCUAAGUUCCCAACCUCCUAGAAAUCGAGUUAUGAUUUUUUGAAAACUUAAAAAAUUCAUAACUUUAUUCCUAGACGUCUAAGAACUUUCUGACCUCGAAUUUCGGACUUCUGACGUCCUUUUCUUUCGACUGAUGUGAAAAGCAGGAAAAUGAAAUUCUCAGUUUCCUUUUUAAUUGUGUCAAUGAGAAAAUUCUUUAUCAAUUGCAAUAAAAUAAGCAAGAAAUUUCGAAAGUUUGGCGUUUUAUUCAAUAUCAAAUCUCAUUCAGUCAAGGAAUCAAUGUCUAGAAAUAGAUCAGAAUGGACAUUUCAGCAAUAAUUUCAGUUUCAAAUCGUCCAGUUCCAAUUUUAAAGAUCAUUCAACGUCGUUGAUGUCGCGUUUCAUCCCCAUUCUGCCUUUUCGAAGACGUCAACGAGAUUUCCUGAAAGUUCCAAACUCAUAUAACGCAAAAUAAAUAUGAAAAUCAUCUGCAACAGUAAAGACGAUAUUCUUCGUCAUCGAGAAAUGAGUUUUUGGAGUUUGAAUUGAUUAUUCAUCUUUUCGAUUCUUUUGAAAGAGAUAAGCUGGAAAACUCCAAAUAUUCAUUUUGCGUCGAUAGAUGUGGAAGAAAUUUUGAUUUUCACGGAUAAUAAAAGGAAAAGACGGAGAAAAAUCGAAGUAACGUGAAGAUAACGUUUGAGGAUUGUAUAAAAGGAGAAGAAUGAACCCAUUUGGUCAAUUUAGUCAUCGAAAUGAAGGCUUCAAUCGGCAUUCUGCUCUUGGGUUUGGUGGCCACCAUCAUCGCCAGCCCCGACGACGCCGAAGAUGACUCUGCCACGAAAAUCGCAUCCGAUCUCCCAAACUUGGAGAAAGCUGACGUCUCUUCCGAUAGCUUUAGACGGAAGUCAAUGGUGGUAAUAGUAUUCUUUGAAAUUUAUCAUUUGAUUAAAACAAGUUCCAUCCGAUACGUCGAGAUCCGAAGAAAGAGGACGCGAAAAUUAUCCGUGAGGAGAUCGUCAAGUUAUUAAAAGAGAUCCAGCAGGAGACCCCGCCCGAUGAAAUUCCUUCUUGGUUUAAGGCCGCUUCGGACGUGGACGUUGUAAGUACCAUCCAAUCUUCCAGUCUCAAGUAGACCAAAACUACGCUUUUCUUAAUUCGCGCAUUAUAAGCCGACAAAAACAAAAAGCCUGAAAAAUUGUUUUCUUUUUUUUUUGGUUUGGAUACUCUAAUUUUUUUUUCUUGGAUUCUAAUUGGAUACUCUUAUCGAAUUCUCAAACUGUGUAUAUCAUUAACUAUUUCUUUUGCUUCGAAAUUUUGAUUGAGUAUAUAGUUGUGCUUGCAGGCUCAUUGA